UGCGCUAGCAUCACUAUAUAGUUUGUGGACUUCACAUUGCUUUACAUGUAAAAUACACGCUUGACGCUUGGUUUUUCGACUUUUUCGGAUCAGUUUGCUUGAUUUUAUUUCUUGAGUAUUAAGAUUAUUUCGUCAUGUUAGGUAUUUCCUCAUUUUUAGUGAAAACGUUUAACAAUGGACACAAUGUUAUGUUGCAGCAAGCAAGGAACACAUUUGUGUUGAAAAGACGAUUUCCUCCAUCACUUCACAAAAAAGGUGGCAGAGUACCUAAAAUGAGAGCUAGACAUUUCAUUUAUGAUUUGGUUGAAGACACCAAUGUGGUGAAGAAAGCUGAAGUGAAAGUUAUUUUAAAACAAUUUGUUAGUGGUGUUGGAAAUGCUGGUGACGUGUUGACUUUACGACCAAGUAUAGCAUACAAAGAAUAUCUAAUGCCUGGUAUUGCUGUAUAUGCAAGUCCUGAAAAUUUGGCAAACAAUAAAAUUAAAGAUAUUAAUACUGAGAAGGGUGAUGACUUUAGUUCACCUUAUGUUCAAAGAACUAUGGGAUGUCUCUCAAGAUUAGUGUUACAAAUUACAAUGAGUAAGCAAGUACCAUGGACUCUUGAACCCUGGCAUAUCAGAGCCUCGUUUAGAAAAACUGGGUUUUUUGUUCCAGAAUAUGCUAUUGAAAUGCCACCUGUUGCCAUAAAAGGUCCAGAUCUUUCAUUACAAGAAAAGGAAUUCUAUGUAACUGUUACAUUUGUUCACAGUGUCUCACCAGCUCAGCCAGUUCCCCUGACGGACCUUCCUCUCCUUCAGGCAUGUAGGCAGAGGCAACUACCAGGACAGGUACACUUAGAUUUUGCUGUUGUAUUAUUUGGAUUGUUGUUAUGUCGCUAGAACAUAAUUGUGUCAUUUUGCCUGUAAGUGUCUUGAACAUACAAUGCCGGUCGGUGGUGCACGGUUACCUGGGUUGUAAAAAUUCUUACCACCAGUGUUAUUGAGGCCACAUAUGGUGUUGGAUCUGAUCCACGGCUCCUGGACUAGAGCAAUAGCCCCGUCGUUGUUCUCCUCCAGCCACUUCCUUAGUUGAGCCGUUGCGGUGCGACUGUGCUGGAGGUUCGUCUGCAGGAGUUUAAUUGUCAUCUGUUGGGGCGCCAUCUGAGGCGAGAAGCACGUCGACAUUAACCUCCUGACUGAUGUCAAUCCCCCCAAGUUUGUCCGCCCACUCGUCAACCACGUCUGUGUCCACCUUCUCCUCAGACGCGGACUCCAUUACAAUUGGAAUGUCUGCGUUAGUCUGCUGUGUCACGGCUGUCAAGACCCUUUAUCUCGGGAACUUUUACUAGUUAUCUUCGUGUUUGGACUUUAUUACCACUAAACAUCAGGUGGGGUAGAGUCGUUUGCUUACCUCGCUAUAAUAAAAAAAAGAACGUGUGGAAGUAUCGAGUUGAAAUUUAAACGAUAUACCUACUCAGGUCUACGGUCAUUUGAAGCUGUGCAAAAACCAAACUUAAGUUAACGUGAAAAAAAGAUACGGCCGUUUGUCUGGCUGUAUGUCUAAACUCUUCAUUUCGCAAACGCAUGGAGGUAUUUUAAACUACACACUCAAGUCUGCGGUCCCUGUUGUGCAGUGAAAAAAUCAAACUUCUAAAUUAACGUAAAAAAGAAGAUACCGCCGUUUAUGUUGCGUAUCUACUUUUUACGGAACCCUCGGUGUGCGAGCCCGCCUCGCACUUGCUCGGUUUUAACACGCUUUUGUUAGGUCGACUUGCAUGUAACUAUGUAAUAAAAUCUAAGAAUCUGAAUUACACGCACUUCUAAUUCUUGUAUCAUCAUGAAACUUGACAAUUAUAUGUAGAUUAGAUGACAAUACAAUAUUAUGGUACCAUCGAGCUGGUCUGAUGAUGGGACUGGAAGGUGGCUGAUGGAACCUCGGACUGCCUACUAGUAAACAUAUUGAGUUUGGGCUCACUAGAUUCGUCUUAAUAAAACUAUAAACAUGGCUAACUCUAAGGCUCUAAUGAAAAACAUAUUUUGUUUAUUUUUGGCUUUUUAGUGCAGUAAAUAAAAGCGUGUUUUUAUUUUUUUUAAACUAUUUUUUAAAGAAAGGUAGCAGCCUCAUAGCCGUUCGCACGAGUGCCUUUUCUACGUUUGUUUGCCUCAGUAGACUCGGUUUUUCUACCGAUUCCAA